AUGGGAAAAUCUGGCGCCGUAAACGUGAGGAAGGUGGCCAGGGAGGUGCUGCUGCAGGACAACCAGGGCCAACACGCCGCCGCGCUGCAGCGAGCCGAUGCGCUCGCUGUCGACCAUCCGACAUCGGCUCUGGCGCAACGCCUUGCGGGGGUUCUCCACCUUGCCGCCGCCGUCCGCGCCCGCAGAGACGCCGCUGCCAGCGCGGAGCAGGACAUGGCCGACGCGCACCUCAACUCCGCCCGCAGCAGGCUAUCCACCGCCAAGCGGCUCGUCCCCCAUUGCGUCGACAUCGCCACCGCGCUCGGCGACACCCUCGCACAGUCAUCCCUGCACCGUGAGGCGGAGGUCGAGUAUUGCCGCGCGCUGGCCAUCUCUGCCCCCGUCGACCCGGCCAAGCACAAUUUGGCGUACGGCUUGUACGGCCCUGAGGCCACCAGCAUGGACCAGAGGUUGAUGUGGGCUAGGGCCAGGGCGCAGAGAGCCCUCGACCUUCUGAGGAUCGCUGCCGAAGUCGAUCGUGUGCUCAACAUCUUCAGGCGCGACGGCGCGCAUGCGGCACGGCCGCAUGCCAAGCUCGUCGCCGAGCGCUUCCCGGGCUCGGCUCGAGCGCAGCUCCUCGAGGCGUACAUGGACCUGCAGUUCUUCUGUGGCCUUGAAGCGGCCAGCGACAAGAGGGCUUGCCUGCGACGUCCGCUUGCCUCUGUGCACCGUGCGGCGCAGAGCUUCCCCAACUCAGCCUCGAUCGCUGCCUUCCGUGCAAAACUAUUGUUCCUCCUGGGUGAGUACGACGCCGCGGAAAGAGAGUGCAGCCGGGCGCUCGACCUGAAGAUUCCCCACGACCCCGAUGAAGAUUGCAUCCCUCCUGGAUCCAUCAGCGGGGCUGAUCCUAGCGCGAGGCUGGUCUCGCUCUCCGGGCUGUUCCGUGAACUGGUUGUUAAGAUCCUUGGGUUGGCCGAAGAUUAUUGGAACAAUUCCAUGACCGCCGAGAGGCGGAGCGACUUCAUGAGCGUGAGGCUCGAGACUCUCCAGGAGGAAUACAACAAGGUGGACCCGUCCUCGCCUGCUACAUUCACCGUAUCGGCUGCGCUAAGCUUUUUAAAGGAACGCAAGUCUUGGAGGUUCUGGGUUUGCCCCUUGUGUGAUGAUUCCAUGAAGCACACCGACACUGCUUCGUUGCUGGAUCACUUGUGCAGCAAGCACAAAAAGGAAGUCUUCCCAAGGCUUAAGUCGAUUUUAGACCCUAAACACGUGCGAGAGGGCGAUGGUUCUUUUGGCGGUGUAACUUUUGGUCAAGACCCCGACCAGCAUGACAUCAUGCGCUUCAAACCGAGGAACGAUAUAUUCAAAUGGAUGUUCCAUGGACCUAACACAAAGAUAAUAGCACCGAAGCCGUUUGCUGAAAUGAGGGAAGAGAAAUGCAACACAGGAAUUAAAUUUCUCAGGAUCAUCAAGAAAAAGUUGACGACGUUGCCUGCAGAUACAUCUGGCACUAAGUCUGCCAUGAUUAUUUUUGAAAUCCAGGAGGAAUGGCUUACCUUUGUCGAGCGUUCUGUCUUGGAUUACCGACAAGUCAUCCUGACGCUUGCGAGAUCACUGCUAUGGAGAGAAUUAACGAAAUGCAUGGCCCAAGAUCCAAAAGUUUCUGCUCAGAAAAUCAGUGCUGCUGAUAUUGAUGCAGUAUUUGGCAAUGCUACUGAAGACCAUGUCACCACUGCUAUUGAGGAGGAACAGACAAAGGAAAAGUAUCAUAAAAGUGCACACGACAAAAAAGCUGAGCUCCAUCAGGAAAAUUCCUUUCAGUCUUCACACUUUGAUCAGGCUCUAAAUAUUAAUGGGGAUCAUUAAUAAAGUUGCAACCAUGCACAAAGGAGGCAAAUGGCCAUCUACUCCCUCGCUGUUCCGGCUCCUUGCGGUGCUGCUGCUGUGCUAGUGUUCCAGAUCUUGUAAUAUUCAUUAGUAGUUGAACUGUGACAUCAUUCUAGUAAUGUCGAGACCAGAACUUGUAAUAGUGUGGUAAUUACCUCCUUUGCCAGAAGUUCGUAAUUUAUUCUUAACUUGCAUUCGUCUCUGAUUAUG